CUGUGUAUGGAGCUAACAGAGAAAAUGUUCUCUAAAUCUGAGAUCCAACAGAUUCUGCAUGGACUCCUCCUCCUAUUUCGAUUUGAAACAUUUUCCAUAAUAAAUCGUACUCUUUAGAAAUAUUAGCCCAAACCGAGCUUGAGUACCCAGAUCUGAUCUUGCCAGUCUGACAGGAAGAGCGGUUGUUUGGAUAUUUAAUCUCAAUAAGCCUUCGCCACCAUCUAUCUUUCUCCAUAGCGUACUUCCAAAGCCACUUGGUGAGCAUGGAACUGUUAAAGGUAGACAUGUCACAAUACCCAAACCUCCAUUGGCUUUUGAAGCUUUGCAGGUCUCCCAUCUCACAAGAGGUUGUUUUUGUUUGUCCCCGGUACACUCCAAAGGAACCUUCUUUGAAUUCUUUCCAAGUCGUCUACAACAGUCUUUGGAGCUUUGAAUAGGGAGAAUAAAUAAACCAUUAAACUAUUGACGACAGAGCAAUUAAGAGUAAGACAACCUCAAGUUGAAAGAUAGUUGCACUUCCAUCCAUCCAAUCUUUUCUGGUAAUUCAAGACAAUAGGAUCCCAAAGUGAGGAAGAGUUCGGUUUGACCCCGUGCAGAAAUCCAUGGUAUUUUGGUGGGUUUUUGCUCCAUUUGCAUCCAAAUAUAGAUGCAUAAAAACCUGAUUCAGGUACGUCUCCCACAAUAUACAUAAUGGAUUUAUCCAUAUUGACCUUGAGACCAGUAACUGCUUGGAAACAUACAAGAGUGGAAAGAAUGUUGAUCACCUGUUCAUGUGAGACAUCACAGAAUAUGAGUGUGUCGUUUGCAAAUAAGAGAUGAGUAAGCUCGCCAUUUUGUUGCACUUCAUCCAUACAAAAGCCAUCAAUCAUUCCAGCAGCCUUAAGCUUGGACAACAUAAAAGAAAGGAUAUCAAUGAUCAUCACAAAUAGACCCGAUGAGAUAGGGUCUCCUUGUCGAAGUCCUUUGCUGGCCGGGAAAAAGCCAUUCGCCUCACCAUUAACAAGAAUAGAAAUAAUGGGAGAGCAAAUAGCUCUACAUAUCAAAUUCACCCACCUAGAAGGAAAGUCCAUUCUUGUAAGUGUUUUGAAAAGACAUUCCCAGUUCACAUUAUCAUACGCCUUCUCAAUGUUAAGUUUAAACUUUAGCCCACUCUUCUUGCUUUUCAUCUGAUGUCCACAAGCUCAUUGGCUAUAACACCUGCCUCAGAAAAAGCUCAAAAGCCAAUCCGAACCAUAACACUACAUGAGCUCAAUCAAAAAUGAAAGAUGGAGAAGAGAUAGGGAUUAGUUCCGAUCUAACUCCCAAUUAACUAUCGAAUAAUAAUACUUUGUGUAACAGGUAGGGAUAUGAGGUGGGAUUGACCUGGGGGCUGGGACGGAGCGGAGGGCAACGAGAUGUUGGCUGGGUCGCAUCGCGGAGCGAAGCGGAGGUAGGAGCGACCUGCGACUGCGACGGAGGGGAUGGAGACCGAUGACGAGAUGUUGGGCCGCGUCACAAAGUCUCGAAAAGGAGGUGGGUCACCGCCACCGUUCAAUUUUAGGGUUAGGGAGCUCGGCGCGACUGCGAUUCGGAGGGAAGUGGAUUGGAUUUGGUGGAGGCGUCGCGAAACUCACGAUGGAAUGGAGAGGGAGCUCCACUACAAAUUGCAAUCCUACAAAAAGUGGCCUCGCCUGGCCCGCUGGGGGGAGUGGGCCGAGUGGCGGCGAGCUGGCCUGUGCCCUGGUGAGCUUUGCCUUUGGGUCUAUUUUUAAGUUAUUCGGUCUUCCGAUUUUGAUACGGUUUUAACUCGGACUAGAUUGGUGUGAGUUUUUUUUACUAAUUCUAGGACCAAAGACGGGAUUGAAUUGUUUUACAUCCGAUCCUGGUCUUAAACGUCCGGUUUCUGGUUUUACAUCUGAUCCCGGACCAAAUAGCCAGCCCCAACUGAAAUGCAAGAAAAAGAAGGAAGAGUCAAUUUAUAGAAGAGAUAAAAAUGUGUCACUAAUGGAGAUGAACACAUUAUUACUGGUCACUUCGAGGUUGUUGCUCAUGUAGGAGGAAAUGAAAACUAGUAAAAAGAAACGUGUUGUAAUCUCUAACAUCAAGGAGUAAUUAGAAGGUCAUUUUGAUUUGAGAUUCCUUGCAUUGGCUUUGUUCUUUCAUUUUCGUAAAAGAAUUUUAGUCGAUUAGUGAUAAAAAAAAUGCUAGAAAAGAGCAUGAUGUUGAUCCUCAUUGAAUUGUUGAAAUAUUUUAAUAAUAAUGUUUAGAGAAUUUGAAAAUAUGAGUAUAAGAUACGUAAAUUGGAUACAAAUUGCUACUGAUAUUUACGUGAUUGCAAACUAAAUCCGGCCAAUUGGCCGGGUCCCUCACUAGUAGAAUAUUAUACAUGUAUUCAUAUCAAUAUUGACUAGGUUCUUUUCCACUAGGAUAUGAUGCAUAACCCUUGUUUUUUGCACAUAUGCGUAACCAGUAUAGUCAUUUGGGUUUGAGUGAGGCAUAUCUAAGAGCUAAGAUUAAAAUAUUUUUUAUUUUUCUUUCUUAUAAUUAGCUUACGUCUUUGUUGUUUUAACUUGGAUUUUGAAAGAAUUUGCACGGAUGGAAAAAACUCGUUGUGGUCAACAAAAUUAUAUUUAUUUUCAAUAUAUUUCGAGAAUUUUUUUUUUUUUGCAUCACCCAUAUUACUCGUUACCACCCUGGUAUCACUUGAUAUAACUCAGACCACCUUUGUUUUCACUCAAAUUUUGAAAAUUUUGCACUAAAAGAACUAGUUAAUCAUGAGUAACAAAGUGUUUGUCGCUCGAAAUCCACUAAAGUCCAAGAUCGUGUCAUUGCAAUGAUAGCCAGUGAGAUCAUUUGGAUACAAACUAUCCUAGCCGAUUCCGAGCCAUCCCGAAAAGGUCCCACACGGAUGUGCUUGUGACAACUUGAUGGCUAUCCACAUCUACAACGUUCCUAUUUUCCAUGAGCACAUAAAGCAUGUCGUAAUUUACUAUUGUUUUGUAUGCAAAUUGGUCGACAAUGAAAAUAUGCAAGCAUUCAAAUUCACGCCCAAAAUCAAUUGGAAAACUUAUUCGUUACAGGACUCGGCACCAGCCAACUUCUAUUCAUACUCCUCUCUAUAAGCUUCCACUAAUUAGUUAAAGGACUCGGCAUCAACCACCUUCUAUUCAUACUCCUCUCUGUAAGCUACCACUUAUUCGUUAAAGGACUCGGCCCAACCACCUUCUAUUCGUACUCCUCUUUGUAAGCUUAGUGUUUGUAAGUCUUCACCACAAGUAGAGAUGGCCAUGAGGUGUGUUUAGAGCGGGUUUCCCCUAAACCAUCUCCCUCCACAUUUUCAAAUACUAUAACAUAUACACAUGUGGGGGAGGGUUUGCAUCUCUAAUUCCCCAUUUCCAUUGCCGGAGUUUUUGGGUACACGUGGGUAGUAAACCCCCCCCCCCCCCUAUAUCCAACAUUAUCAAAAUAAAAUUAACAUGAUUUAAAUGACCUAAUAAAGCAUUAAAUUAACA